UUCAAUUUGGGUUUUAUUUAAUAAAGUUUCCAAUUCAAAACACUAUAUUGCGCAUGCGCACGAACAGGCCGGACGUGCUCUCACUCCCCUCCUCCCCUUUUCGUAGUAGCGGUGUCCUUGCCAUUCCCAAGAUGGCUGCUCCCUUGCGGCUGCUCCAGGGACUGACAAGUUGCGUGUGGUGCGGCCGCCGGUCCUUGUCCUCAGCAUCCUCCACGUCCUCCGCCGCCAUCCGCCGCACCUUCUUGCGCUAUUUCGAGGAGCGGCAUGGACACCGGCACGUCCCGUCCUCCUCAGUGCGGCCUCGUGGAGACCCUAGUUUACUCUUCGUAAAUGCAGGCAUGAACCAGUUUAAGCCCAUUUUCCUGGGCACUGCGGACCCCCGGAGUGAGAUGGCGCAGUACCGCAGGGUGGUGAACAGCCAGAAGUGUGUGCGGGCCGGGGGAAAACACAACGACCUGGAGGACGUGGGCCGAGAUGUUUACCACCACACCUUCUUCGAGAUGCUGGGAAACUGGUCAUUUGGAGAUUACUUCAAGCUAGAAGCGUGCGCUAUGGCGUGGGAGCUGCUGACACACGGUUACGAGAUCCCAGCUGAUCGCCUCUAUGUCACAUACUUUCGGGGAGACCCAGAACUUGGCCUUGCUGCAGAUGAGGAGACCAAGGAGAUUUGGCUUAGCCUGGGUGUGCCGCCUUCACGUAUCCUACCAUUUGGUCUAAAGGAGAACUUUUGGGAAAUGGGGGACACGGGCCCCUGUGGGCCCUGCACAGAGAUUCACUAUGAUCACAUUGGAGGACGAAAUGCUGCCCCUCUGGUGAACCAGGAUAGUCCAGAAGUGGUGGAGAUCUGGAACCUGGUGUUCAUGCAGUAUAACAGGGAGUCAGAUGGAUGCCUCAGGCCUCUGCCGCAGUGUCAUGUGGACACGGGGAUGGGACUGGAGAGACUGGUCACAAUCCUUCAAGGUAAACGCUCCAACUACGCCACAGACCUUUUCACUCCCGUCCUGAAGGCCAUCGAGAGGGGCUCACAGGCCCCUCCGUACCAGGGGAGGCUGGGCACCGAGGACUCCCAUCAUGUGGACAUGGCGUAUCGGGUGGUGGCCGAUCACAUCAGGACCCUGUCAGUCUGCAUAGCUGAUGGGGUGUACCCCGGGACAUCUGGAGCAGAACUCGUGUUACGCCGCAUCCUCCGCAGAGCCGUCCGGUUCUCUUCUGAGGUUCUCCGUGCUCCUCCCGGCUUGUUGUCUUCCUUGGUGCCCACUGUGGUGGAGAUCUUGGGUGAUGCAUAUCCGGAGCUGGAGCGCGAGAAAUCUCAGAUCAUGAGGAUUCUAAACGAGAGUGAGGACGCAUUUCUGGUCUCCCUCCAGCGGGGGCGCCAUAUCAUCGAGCGCACUAUUCAACAAGGAGUGGCUAAUCAGACAUUCCCAGUGGGCGUGGCCUGGUCUCUGUACAGGAACCUGGGCUUCCCGCUGGAUCUCAUUGGGCUGAUGCUGGAGGAGAGAGGACUAUACCUGGACACGGCAGCUCUAGACCGGCUGGCUGUGGAGGAGGCCGAGAAGAAGGUCAGAAACCAGCAGGCGGAUGAUGCCCCAGCCCGGGUACAGCUGGACGUUCACUCUCUGGCUGAGCUGCAGCACCGGGGGGUCCCCAGGACCAAUGAUUCGCCAAAAUACAACUACCGCCUGGGGGCUGAUGGGAGAUACGUGUUCACGCCCUGCCAGGCCACCGUACUGACGCUCUACAAGGACCAGUCUCUAGUCUCUGCAGUGGACAGGGGUGAGCGCUGCGCAGCAAUCCUGGACCGGACAUGUUACUACGCGGAGCAGGGGGGCCAGAGCUGUGAUGUGGGGUACUUUGUACGAGACGGAGAGCAGGAUGUCCUGUUCCCGGUGGAGUCCGUACACGUGGCAGGAGGUUACGUGGUGCAUGAGAUCACAGCCGCUGAGCCGCUGAGGGUCGGGGAUCACCUCCUGCUGUAUCUGGACGAGGGCCAGCGGCUGGCAUGUAUGGUGAAGCACACGGCCACCCACCUGCUGAACUUUGCCCUGCGUCAGGUCCUUGGUGAGAGCACAGCCCAGCGCGGGUCACAUGUCACAGCAGAACGCCUGCGCUUUGAUGUCGGGGUCACGGGUCCAGUGAGCGGCGCGCAGCUGCAGGAGGUGGAGAAGCUGCUGCAGGAGUUGAUUGCGCAGGAUCUGGAGAUUGACACGGCGCACAUUCCACUCUCCGACGCCAAAUGCAUGCGGGGUCUGCGGACAGUGGAUGAGGUGUACCCGGAUCCCGUACGCGUGGUCUCGGUUGGGGUCCCUGUAGAGAAGCUGAUGAAUCCGAGUUGUCAGGAUGGUCUUCAGACAUCUGUGGAGCUCUGCUGUGGGACACAUCUGCUCAGGACCGCAGCCAUUGAAGACCUGGUGAUUAUCUCAGAAAAACCGCUGGUGAAAGGGAUCGUUCGUCUCAUCGCUGUGACCGGAGAGGAAGCCAAACAGGCGCGAGAGACGGGGAAGCUCCUGCAUAGAGAGGUGGAGUCCAUCACCGAGCGCAUGAAGACGAGGCCGGCCACCCUGAGUGAGGCCCAGCAGCUGUCCAAGGAGAUCGGCCUCCUGUCAGAAAAUGUGGACAGCGCCCCCAUACCUCAGUGGCAGAGGAAGGAACUGCAGACAUCUCUCAAAUCUUUGCAGAGAUCUGCUAAUACGGCCAUACGCAAGGUGGAAGAACGGCAGGCUAUGGAGAAGGUUGAGAGCCUCGUGGAGAAGUUCUCCCACCAUCAGCCAGUCAUCGUGGACGCUGUGUAUGUGGAGUCUCUUCCGGUGUUGGUGAAGCUGGUGAAUCAGGUGUGUGACAGACGUCCGGGCUCCGCUGUGAUGCUGCUCAGCCGACAAAGCUCUGGGAAAGUGCUGUGCGCCUGUCACGUCCCGAAGGGCUCCACGUCCGGUCUGUCCGCUGCUGAUUGGGCCAUCGCUGUGUGCUCGACAAUGAAGGGUAAAGCAGGAGGCUCCAUCGUCGUGGCCAAUGGCUCUGGAACUAGCGACACCUUAGACGAUGUUCUGCAGACCGCCAUGAGUUUUGCACAGAUGAAGCAGUAACUGGACGGG